UGAGGGUUAGUUCCCAAGGCAGUGGGGACUGGCUUAGAGAAACGUCGCCGCCGUCGUCUGGUACAAUGUAGAAACGAGUCACCGAGGGGGGCGUGCGAACACGGUUCUAUGGCAAUCGGGAGAUUCCUGGGUCCUUGGUAUAUAGGCCAAGGGGAUGCUGCAAAAGCAAUGUCUGCGAAGGUGGCAGCUUCCACAAGGACGGACACAACACAGUGUGGUGUCAGAAGUCACUUCCCAUCCCAGAGCAGCAGUACCACCUAUCCCAAAUGCUGUGCCACACCAAGCUGUAGGGCGCUGGCUUCUAAUAUGCAGUGGUACUGUGGCUGGAGCUGUGGUGUUGGGUGGCAUCACGAGGCUAACAGAAUCUGGGCUUUCAAUGGUUGACUGGCAUUUAGUGAGAGAGAUGAAGCCUCCUCGGACUCAGCAGGAAUGGGAGAUGGAAUUCCAAAAGUACCAGCAGUUUCCAGAAUUUAAAAUCCUAAACCAUGACAUGACACUGACGGAAUUCAAAUUCAUCUGGUACAUGGAGUAUUCACACCGUAUGUGGGGACGGCUUGUGGGGCUGGCUUACAUCCUUCCAGCAGCCUACUUUUGGAGGAAAGGUUACCUGAACCGGUCCUUGAAGGGGCAUGUCCUUGCUCUUUGUGGACUUGUCUGCUUCCAGGGCUUGUUGGGCUGGUACAUGGUGAAAAGUGGUCUAGAGGAAAAGCCAGAUUCACAUGAUAUUCCUCGAGUCAGUCAGUACCGACUAGCUGCACACCUGGGAUCUGCACUUGUUCUUUACUGCUACAGCCUGUGGACCGGGUUAUCAUUGUUGUUGCCACGGCACAAGUUACCUGAAACCUGGCAACUUCUACACCUAAGAAGGUUCGCUUAUGGUACUUCAGGCCUCAUUUUUCUCACUGCCAUCUCAGGGGCUUUUGUGGCAGGACUGGAUGCUGGUCUUGUGUACAAUUCCUUUCCUAAGAUGGGAGAGCGCUGGAUUCCGGAGGACCUUCUUGCCUUUUCCCCAGUGCUGAGGAACAUACUUGAGAAUCCUACAACUGUGCAGUUUGAUCACAGGAUUCUAGGAGUCUUGUCUGUCACAGCUGUCACAGGGCUAUAUCUGCUUUCCAGGAAGAUUCCUCUGCCACGCAGAACUAGAAUUGCAGUUGCUUCUUUACUGACUGUAGCCUACCUCCAGGUCAGCCUGGGCAUCAGCACACUACUUUUGUAUGUUCCGACUCCUUUAGCAGCCACUCAUCAGUCGGGUUCCUUGGUGUUGCUCAGUAUGGCUCUGUGGCUGAUUCAUGAACUUAGGCGGAUUCCUAAAUAGCCUUGUUCUCUGUCUGGUGCUGCAGUUCCGGGGUUGCUGUUUUUGCUACAUAUGCUGUAAGCAACUCUGCCAGAAAGUCUGAAUUUGAAUAAGAAGAGGAGGACUGUGCACCUUGACUUCAUGAUCUGGAAUACUUUUUUUUGCAGUGAACAUGAACUGCCAUCUGUUGAGCUGUCCUUCACUUAAGGUGUAUGCUUAACAAGUCUGGAAAGAAGUAUGGUUGUUUCAGCUGUACCAUCUUGCUGAAACUGUGGUCAGGAGCUAAUCUAAGUGGUGUUAGUACUCCCUCUAACAUUCUGUAUAGUAUGAGAGACACCAGGAUUAACUACAAAUGCUGAAGCAUUGGUUACAUUUCAAGACUGUAUUAUAUGGGGCAGGGAGGGAGGACAUAGUUAUAAUCUGUAGCAUGUUUGCUUUGGCUGGAGUUGUUUAUGAAUAUUUCAGGUCUACUACAAUUUAAUUAAAAUGUGCUUCUUGAUGAA